AUGGGAUCGGACCAUCGAAUCCUCCGAGGAAGAUUUUCCUUCACAAGGAGAGCAGAAAAAGCCGCCAAGUUCAGAGAGAGAAAUCCCAGGACUAUCAUCAACUGGGAUCUUUUCGCUACGCUAGCCGGCUUUUGGGAAGAUUCCGCGAUGGUCAACAUCGACGAGGAAUAUGACCGGCUUGUUGAACACCUUCACGACUGCGCGAAAAAGGCUGAGAGUUUUAAAACCACCAAGAGGCGCCUGUCUCUUGAAACUCUUGAGCUGGUACGCCAGCGUGGAGCAGCACGAGCCGCACGGAACCAAGAACUCACGUCCGAGCUCGCAAGGCUUUGCAGAGAGGCGAUAAAGGAAGACCUUAAAGAGAGAAGAGCAGAAGUGCUGGCUGAAGCUGCAGAGGCGGGGAAAAACAUCGGCUAUGCCCGUCGAGACUUCGCCAGUCGCAAGACGAGGAUGACUGCUCUCCGGAACCCAAAGGGAACAGCAAUUGCAUCGAGAAGGGGGAUGGAGAAAAUCAUCUACGACUUCUACUCUGAUCUCUUCGACAGCCAUGUCCACUUGCCUCCUCACCAUCUGAGGGAAGAUGGACAAGUCAUUCCAGAGGUUCUCCCGUCCGAAAUACGACAUGCUAUCAUGUCGGUAAGAAAUCGUACGGCACCCGGUCCCGACAGAAAAAGACCAGAACACCUGAAGAGCCUUCCGCCAGUACUCAUCAACACCCUGGCGAGGCUCUUUACACGGUAUCUGUCGGAAUGCAAGGUUCCUAAACAGUGGAAGACCAGCAAGACCAUGUUGUUGUAUAAAAAGGGAGAUCCACAUGACAUCGGCAACUAUCGUCCAAUCUGCCUACUGUCCGUCAUCUACAAGCUCUUUACAAGAGUAAUCCUUAAUAGCAGUCUGAAAAAGUCUUGGAUGAAGGGCAGCCAUGCGAGUAAGCAGGGUUUCGAAAAGGAUUCAGCAUGA